CCGUGAGGAGGUUUCAACCCAAAAUCCCCGCUGCUGACCCCGCUCUCCUGUCCCUCAGGCGUGGCAUCCACGACAUGUUCCCCCUGCACUUGGCCGUUCUCUUCGGCUUCUCCGACUGUUGUCGCAAGCUGCUUUCCUCAGGUCAGUUGUACAGCAUCGUGUCCUCGCUGAGCAACGAGCACGUGCUGAGCGCCGGCUUCGACAUCAACACCCCCGACAACCUGGGCAGGACCUGUCUGCACGCUGCUGCUUCCGGAGGGAACGUUGAAUGUCUGAACCUGCUGCUGAGCAGCGGCGCUGACCUGCGGAGGAGGGACAAGUUCGGGAGGACCCCCCUGCACUACGCGGCGGCCAACGGCAGCUACCAGUGCACGGUGACACUGGUGACAGCCGGGGCCGCCGUCAACGAGGCCGACGGCAAAGGCUGCACGGCGCUGCACUACGCGGCUGCCUCCGACACCUACCGCAGGGCCGAGGCUCACUCAGGACCCAGCGAGGAGGAGCCCCUGAAGGAGUCGAGGCUGAAGGAGGCGUUCUUCUGUCUGGAAUUCCUGCUGGACAACGGUGCUGACCCCUCCCUGCGGGACAAGCAGGGCUACACCGCCGUCCACUACGCGGCCGCCUACGGCAACCGGCAGAACCUCGAGCUGCUCCUGGAAAUGUCCUUUAACUGCCUGGAGGAUGUGGAAAGCACCGUUCCAGUCAGCCCUUUGCACUUAGCUGCCUACAAUGGUCACUGUGAAGCCCUCAAGGCUCUGGCUGAGACGCUGGUGAACCUGGACGUGCGGGACCACAAGGGCCGCACCGCGCUCUACCUGGCCACGGAGCGCGGCGCCAGCGAGUGCGUGCAGGUGCUCACCAGCCACGGCGCCUCCGCCCUGGUCAAGGAGAGGAAGAGGAAGUGGACGCCUCUCCACGCUGCAGCUGCCAACGGGAACACGGAUUCCCUGCACCUCCUGAUCGACAGCGGCGAGCGGGCGGACAUCACGGACGUCAUGGACAUCCACGGCCAGACCCCUCUGAUGCUGGCCAUCAUGAACGGCCACGUGGACUGUGUCCAUCUCUUGCUGGACAAGGGCUCCACGGCCGACGCCGCCGACAAGAGGGGCCGGACCGCGCUGCACCGGGGGGUCAGUGGGGUCUGG